AUGAUGAGUAGACGAUCAGGGAACCCCGUCAACCCCUUAUUAUGCAUUACUGUCCGAUUAGAACAUUACGUUGAAUUACGCAUAACUGAUAAAUACUCAACACCAGUAUUUCAAUAUCGUCUUGAACAACACUUUUCUAGUCCAUGGAAAGAACCAAGAAGGCGUAUUAAAACAAAACUUAUCCUCACGUAUACAUCAGUCAUAUUGAAAAAUGCAUCAUGGUGGCCAUAUCGUAGUAUUAAUUCAAUUGACUAUAAAUCAAUACAAAAAUUUAUUACAUUUAAUCAAGAGAAUUUAAGAUUUGCUAUUGGGAUAUGUGAUGAAGAUUUCGCUGAAAAACAAUAUGUUGUUAUGUCAGCAAAAAACUUCUCGGAUAUUGAAAAAUUAAUUCAGUUAAUUCAUUCACAAUUAUUAAUAUGGAAAUAUUCGUUAAAAGAUGAAGUUGAUCAAUUUAAUCCAACUAAAAUGAAUAAAAAAUCAAUGAAUUCAUUGAAAUCAAUCGAUAAAAGCACUUAUUUAAAUGAUGUGAAUGAACAACAUUCAGGAAAUAAUACAUAUAAAAUACGAAAAGUAUAUAAUAAUAAUAAUAGUAACAAUUGUCAAGGGGGGCAUGGAGAUAAGCAAAGAUCACAUCAUACCUAUACCAAUUUAGAUGAUGACAAUAAUGUACAAACACUUGAAACCCAACAAAGUACAUCACAUAAUUGUAAUUGUGGUAAUAAAGGACAUAAAGUAAAACUGAAUAAAAAGACAAGAGAAAAUGAAAUUAAAAGUCAUCAUAAAAACUGUCAAACAGACACUGAGUAUUAUUAUUAUCAUCACCAUGAUGACCAUCAUUAUCACCAACAACAUCAUCAAUAUGCCUCAUAUCCUUAUGAAAAUGAUCAGAAAGCAUGGGAAGUAGAUAUUAAAUAUAUACGUUAUGAUCCUGUACUGGGAAAUAUUUUAGAUGAUAAGGGUUCAGUUUAUUUAUAUACUGCACAUGAAAUUGCCUAA